AUGGCCAAAGCACAUAGCGCCACUGCUGCUCUUGCUGUCACUGCCGCCGCUGUUGUUGUUGCUGCUGCUGCUGCUGCUGCUUCUGCUGCUGCAGCUUCUGCUGCUGUUGCUCGCACUGCAAAGGCCAGACCUCUUCCAUCGGGUCAUUACCCUUGCCUCCUCGCCCAGGUACGGGACCCAGACACGUAUCACUUUACUCACAUACCCCACCCACGCGCCUCUUCACCCCAUGCCCUCUUCUCCUCCCGUCCCGAUGUUGUUUCCACUCCGCUCUUCCCCCUCCCCUUCCCUUCCUCCACUCCCCUCCCCUCCCCUCCCCUCCCCUCCCCUCCCCUCCCCUCCCCUCUCCUCCCCUCCUUCCGCUGCCCCCCUUCUCACUCUCCUCCAAUAUUGCUUUCGGACGUGGGGUAUGCGGGCGGGUUUGAGCUGCGGCGUUUGGAACAGGUGUUUGGGGUCAUGCAGUCUAACUACACGGGCCGGACAAGGGGUGAGGGAGGCACGAGAGCAGGGGCGAGGGCAGGGGGGGAUGGAAAGGGGGAGAGGGAAUGGGGAAGGGGGAAUGGGAGGGAGGCAAGGAGGGGGGGGGGAAGGGGGAGGGAAGGGGGAGGGAAGGGGGGAGCGGGGUGCAUGCCAGUGCUGACACCAGACGACAUUCGAUUGCCCCACGUGCGCGACUCAGCUCACACUCCUUACCGUUUCCCCAACGCCACCACAUUCCCACCCCUUCUCCCCCCUCUCCCUCUACAGAUGUGGGCAGCGGUGUGCAUGCCAGUGUUCACACCAGACGACAUUCGACUGCCCCACGUGCGCGACUUCACCCGCCCACUCUUCUCCCUCCGCCCAGACGUUGCCUUUGCGCUGCUCAAAACGACCUUCGCCUGUGACGUGCGCGCAGUGCUCUCAGAGAUGGAAGUUUCUCCCUCCUUCCGCCCAGACUUAGCCUUCGCGCCGCUCAAAACCACCUUUGUGUGUGAUGUGCUCGAGGUGCUCUCAGAGGUGAGAGGGAUGGAUGCAGAAGGGUGCAGAGGAGUGUGCAUGGUGCAGCCCCCCCUCCCUGGCUUGACUUUGAACCAGGAGAUUCGCCCUCCGUCCGCCCAGAUGUAG